GUACACUUUUGAUUUUGUUGAGUUUGUUCCCCUGACAUGUCGCUCAAUUAUGAAUGAUGUAUCAAGUUUAAAUUCACUUCAGUAAAAGAAGGCAGCCAUCGUGUUAAUGAUUUAUUCAGUAUGGAGAGUUCAUGUCUGAGAACCAUGUGUAAGACACCUUUAUCUCCAUUUUAAACAAGGAUGUGUUAUUUUUCUUUUGGUUGUUAUGGGAUGGCUUAUAGACUUUUAUUUUCUAACACAAGGUUGCUCGCGCAACACAAAAGCUGCUUUACAAAAGUCCCCCCCCCCUCACUUUGAAUAGUUUUAAUUUGCUGGCAUCGCGUACAUUUGUAAUGUUUUGACAUCAGUAUUGUUCAGAGAAAUAUUACACUACACAACAAAUAAUGGGUUCUAUACUACUAAAGGAAAAGAUUGGUAGUUUCUAAAGUUGGCUCACUGCAUCUCCACUUUCCAGCGUACGAGGGCAGAGAGGUCAUUUUACCUCACGGGUCUAAAUUAUUCAGCCAUUGUUGACAUUUGCAGAGCGAAGCCAUAGCCGAUAUGGCUACGAGCUUGGUACAUGUCAGGAUUCAAGGUGGUAGCAACAGUAUAUUUUCUUAUAUAGAUAACAGGGAGCCAUACUGUUCCAGCAGUUCCAUAUAGAUGAACUUUAUUAGUCGUCUACUAUCUAGUAUAGCAGACUAAAGGAGCUUCUUUUAAAGUUCUGACUUGAAAGAGGAUAUUCAAAAUGCAACAAACUGUCAGUGGACAGUCCUGACACGGUGCCACAUCUCAGUGAUUAUCAGAACAACCACGGAGUGCCUUUGAUGUGCUAACCUGGUGGGCAGCGUGGCAGCUGGACCCAUACGGAAAGAUGGCCUUCUUUAAGAACUUUCAGCAGAACCUCCCGUCUGUCAACAUUUCUUCCAUAUUGGAUUCGGUCAGCAGCAAAGUGGACGACCUGGCCAACGCCGUCAGCGAUGUCACAUAUGCAGUCAGCGACCAGCUGACCGAGCAGGUCAACACCAUCAUCAACAAGGUCCAGGAGGAAGAGGAUGGAGAGCAGGAGGGAGCGCAGACCUCCCCUGAGAAUAGGAGCGUGAGGCCAGAAACGACAAAUUCAAUCUCUAAAAACAACCAAAAUAGCGACGCAGCUGAGGCCGACUACAUGCAAAGCAAGCUUGAAUGGGAAUGGAGGGACGGAUGCUGGCGGGUGAAGAAGACAGAAGCAGAGUUAGCAGAAGAAGAGAGGAGGAAGAAAUUGGAGAGAGAGUUGCAGGAGAAGAGGGAGCAGAGGAGGAAAGAGAGGAGGGAAAAGCGUUUGGAGAAGGCUGCCAUGACUGCCAAAAAUGAAGAACCUUCCGAAGAAGGACAGGAAGAAGAUGCAGAGGCCGAUGAAUUAAAAGAAACAGGACAAGAACCGAGCCAAGGCAAAGACAUAACUCAUCCUAGUGAAUGUGAAGAGUGUGACGAACCUGUGUCAUGCGGUGAAAGUGAGAAAAUUUCUGAACAGAUUGACGAACCUGAUGAGGAGGACAGGUACAGCCUGGAGAGAGAAGAUGAGAACGAGGAGUUGCCAGAUGUCUCUAGAACUAAAGUAAAGAAGAAAAAGUUGAAUAAAAAGAAGGAGAAAGCGGCUAAGAAAGCAGAAAAAGCAGCAAAGAAGAAGGAAAAAAGUAAGAAGAGCAAGAAGAAGGAGAAAAGCAAACAAGAAGCAGUUCUGACAGAAAGUGAGGAGGAGAGAGACCCGGAGCCUUUGGUGCAGUCCAACGUGACCACAGUUUUCAGCAGUGCUAACAAGAAGGCCACAGAGCAGGAAGGCUAUAGCAGUGAGGCCUCCAGUGAAUAUGCAGCCAACAGCAUUCAGAAGAUAAAGAAAGCGUCUUCACUCACAGAGGGCCAGCCUCCUCCUUACCAGGACCGGGUGUCGGUGACCCGUGUUUCCUCCUCUCGCUCCAGGGGCCGCAGGUCAUCCCCUCAGCGCUGCUCUAGUGAGGUCAGCGUGGACCAGGACUCAGAGAGCUACCUCAACAAGGGUUGCGAGGAAGACAUACCCAGUGACAGCACUGCUGUGGUGGGACCUGAGGACAACUCUGGUCCACUGCUUCCUUCAGCCUAUGAGCCAGAGCCCCUGGCCAAGUACGGCACGCUGGAUGUGGCCUUCGAAUACGACUCCAACGAACAGUGGCUGGCCGUCACUGUCACAGCGGCUACAGACAUUCCUGCUCUCAAACAGACAGGAAACAUCUCGUGGCAGGUCCACCUCGUCCUACUUCCCACCAAAAAGCAACGGGCCAAGACGGGCGUCCAAAAGGGCCCAUGUCCGGUCUUUACUGAGACGUUCAAGUUCUCCAGAAUGGAACAGGAGGCACUGAGCGACUGCGCCGUUCGAUUUCGCUUGUACAGCAUCAGGCGAAUGAAAAAGGAGAAGAUCCUGGGCGAGAAGGUGUUCCAUCUCACAAAGCUCAACUUGCAGGGGAAAAUCGCUCUGCCUGUCACCCUGGAGCCUGGCUCUGAACUCACAGGUUGCGGCUCGAUGGUAAGUGUGUCCCGCAGUGCGGGGGCUGUGUCCUAUCGCUCUACCGAAGACUCGUCCUCGCCGGAGAUUCUCCUGGGCCUCGUGUACAACUCGGCCACAGGGCAUCUAUCUGCCGAGGUGAUCCAAGGGAGCCAUUUUAAAAGCACAGCGUCUGAUAAACCUGUCAAUGGUCUGUUUUGUUGUAUAAAACAUUUCGUUGGGGGACAGCUUUAUAUCAUGAGAGACACAUACGUGACACUGACCAUGCUGGACUCCAAAGGGAAGGAAAUGUACAAGUUCAAAACAGCAAUGUGCCGCGGGCAGCCCAGUCCCGCCUACAAAGAGACCUUCAUCUUCCAGGUGGCGCUCUUUCAGCUGUCCGACGUGUCACUGGUGCUGUCCGUGUUCUGCCGACGCAGUAGCUUGAGGCCGCGAGAACGCCUGGGCUGGGUCUCUUUGGGGCACAGCAGCACCGGCGAGGAGCAACUCGCCCACUGGACUGAAAUGAAGGAGGCUGAGGGCCAACAGGUGUGUCACUGGCACACGCUCACCGACACAAAGGGCCUUAUUUACUGAAGAUUUACAUGUGGGAAAAAGUAGGCGCGAACUUGAUUGCUCAUGCAAACAGAUGUGACGGACAGCUGAUCUACUAACCAGGUGAUUGCCAAAUUGCCUCACAUUCCAUUUUUGCGCAGGAGCUAUUUUUUUAAUUAACC